CGAACUCUGGGCGUAGGUAGUGCAAGUGUAUGGACACCAGAGUCCACCAAAAAUGGACUAAUUAAGUACUGAGAUUUAACAUUUUAGUUUCUUAAUCGUACCAUAAUAUUGUAUACAAGAGAUCAAAGUUUAAAGAUAUUGCAUAGACAGGACUGAUUGAUGAGGAUGGAAAUUUUUUUAUUUAAAAUAUUUUUAUCAAGUUUAUUUGCUAUCUGCCACAGUGUUUAUUUUAUUGAUGAGACUCCAGGAUUUGGAAGACGGUAUGAUGGCAUCGGAGGACUCAGUGGUGGCUCAGCAACAUCAAAAUUGUUGGUUGCUUACCCACAGAAGCAGAGAGAUGAAAUUCUUGACAUCCUGUUUAAGCCCAAUUUUGCUGCAUCUCUCCAGAUUUUAAAAGUUGAGAUUGGUGGAGAUUCACAAGCUUCAGAUGCUACAGAAGCAUCACAUAUGCACAACAGUUCCGAAGAAAGUUAUGACAGAGGUUAUGAAUGGUGGCUUAUGAAAGAAGCAAAAAAGAGAAACGAGAAUAUCAAAUUAUAUGGUCUACCAUGGGCGUUUCCUGGUUGGCUUGGUAACGGAACACAGAAUCCCUAUCAGAAUAUUGACCAACUGGCAGAAUAUGUGAUGAAAUGGGUUCAGGGAGCUAAGGAUUUUAAUGGUUUAAAUAUAGAUUAUAUUGGGAUAUGGAAUGAAAAAUCGUACAAUAUUCCCUACAUUAAGACUUCACUACCCAGGUACCAACACAACUAUAGAACAGGUACGAACAGGUAAACCUAUCUGGGCAUCAGAAGAUUAUAGUACCUUUAAUAAUAACACAGGUGGUGCUUGCUGGGCACGGGUUCGUAUAAUUAUAAUAUAUCAUUCAGGCGUAACCCAGGGCACGGGUUCGUAUAAUUAUAAUAUAUCAUUCAGGCGUAACCCAGGGCACGGGUUCGUAUAAUUAUAAUAUAUCAUUCAGGCGUAACCCAGGGCACGGGUUCGUAUAAUUAUAAUAUAUCAUUCAGGCGUAACCCAGGGCACGGGUUCGUAUAAUUAUAAUAUAUCA